UAUCUACUCAUAUCUUAUAUAUUAUGUAUGGAUCACUGGAGAAUUAUGGACCAACAUUUUAAUUUACUUUACUGUACGGAUGACUGUACGAAUAUAAUUGACCGUCCUGUCAUGCAAGUUGUUACAUAUCGACUGUUGAAACCAUCACAGAAAUGUCUUAACACAGUUCAGUGAAAAUUACUCAUCAUUGCUCUCUUGGAUUUCUGACGGGAUGAAUGCCGCGGUGUUUGUCUGAAGCAUACCUCAAACACCCUUCACACACUUUUUACAAAAGAAAGAGUCAUCUGAGCAUGUGACACACAUUCCACACGUGACUGAGACCGUGGCUCAACAGGAAUACGAAGAACCAAACAAGGCCCUGCAGCUCGAGGCCCUGAAAGCGAGUAUUUUAGAGUACCUGGGGAUGGAGAGUCCACCUGGACCCGGCGAAAAAGCUUCUCACCGGGACCUGGUCAGGAUGUUUCAUCAGUACAGAAGAAUUAAACAACUGCUUCGAGGAAACUCCACUCAAGACGACAAACUUCAGCAGAAGCAAAGAGCCUCCACGGUGCUCUUUCCCACUACAGUCGAGCCUCUAAACUCUACCGCGGAGUUAAAGCAACAAUGCUUCAGAGUUGCCUUCAACAAGAACUCAACCAUCAACAAUGGACUAACUCUUAAACAAGCAAGACUGCAUAUUCAGAGACCGCACAGGGAUAAAAUUUCACCCAACCAGUCGUGGCUUACAAAGGACAUUCUGGUGAGGACUCAGAAGCCCUCUGGUUUUCAAACAGAGGCUAUAUUUCACACGAAGGAUCUUAAUAAGCGACAUCUUAAGUUGGAUUUGACACAUGUGGUUAAGAGGUGGCUUAGAGACACCAAUGCUGAACUUUUAGUGGUUGAAAUUUGCCUCAUCAGAAAACGAAAAGCACGUGCUCAGUCCAAACCACGGCUUAGUUUAGAACUUAACCAAUCAUCGAGGAGAGUCAGAAGAGGUGUGACUGCUGAUGAAGAUGAAAGUCUCUGCAGGCGGAGAUCACUAAAUGUUUCUUUUAAAGACAUUGGCUGGUCGGACUGGAUUAUCGCUCCUUCGGGCUACACAAUGCACUAUUGUGAUGGUUCGUGCCCGCAUAAUUAUAAACCUGCCAGUAUGCACACACAGGUGAAGUCCCGUCUGUAUCUCAUGUCCAAGGGAUCGUCGCGUCAACCUUGCUGCGUACCGGCCAGCUAUGAGCCGAUGGUACUGAUGCAUUAUGACAGUCGUGGAAAGUUAAAACUCACACCGUUCAAUGAUUUGAUAGUCAGCGAAUGCCAUUGUGCAUGAGUGUAAAAUGCUGACAAUCCACUGACUAUUAAAGUGCUAAAUGAAGAAGAUCAAAUGGCAGCAAAAGAACCAAGGAAGAAUUCUCAUUAUCGUUAGGUUCCAUUCCUUACGUUAAUAACAUAGUAUGGUUUGGUUGGAAGCCAAUGCCAUAGGCCAAAUGCUUGCUUUUCUACAUACGUUGAGAUGUUUAAAGGUAUUUUUAACAUGAGUUGCAUAUUUGUGUAUCAAGUUAUAUUUAUUGUAAUUUAUUUGGAAACUUGAAUGCCGUGUAUCAAGUUUUUAAGCUGUGUUGCAAGUGUAUUAAGAAACCUGUUUUUUUUUUUUUUUGAAUGCUAUUAAAGUAUAUCCCAGUCAAGGGAAAAAUGAUUGAAAUAAUGGGUUCAUUACUGUUCUGUCAAAACAUUUCAAUAAAAUCAAUUCAACAUCCUCCCCAAGAUGAAAAAUG